UAAAGUUCAACUUUUUGCAGUAGCCAAAAAGAUCUUUUCAAAGAGACUGCGUGAAUAGAUUCCGUUGUAGAACAGCUAAAAAUGAAAUCCUGCAAAAUAUUUCUCUUUUUUCUUCUUUUGAAAUUUAAGGACAUCUCAACAAAUGCUAAAGGGGUGGAUGAAUGCGACGCUUUCCCCAGCAUUCAACAUGGACCGCUGAACAACCAUACCGAACAAUCUGCCAUAGUGAAAUGUGAUCCAGGGUUCAAACCAUCACACACAGUGAUCAGAUGUGUCAACGGUACAUGGCAGACACCCACCUGUGAAUUAGCUUUCUGUUCAAAGCCUCUUCAGAAAGUAAACAAUGCUACACUGAUUGAUCAAAUUCAAGGUGAGAGGAAAUAUUCACACGGAGAGACAGCACAUUAUGAGUGUGAUGAGGAUUAUGAAUGUAAUGGACCGACCAUUGCUAAGUGUGAUGGACCAGCCUGGAUUUACCCAGAAUGCAAUAAAAAAGUUCAGUGUACCAAACCGACAAUGAACUUGCAGAUUGUGACCCUGUUAGAUGAGAAAAAAACAUUCAACAACUUUGAAGUUUUGAGAUACACAUGUAAUAAACCGUAUGAUAAAAUACCUAACGGAGCUUUGAUUUGUAAGGAUGGAAAAUGGAACAGCACAUUUGACUGCACAAGCAGCAUUUGUCCUCCACCACCUAUGAUUGAAAAUGGAGACUUUAACGUUGAACGUACGAAAGAUGAAGUUAUCAUAUCUGUAUCGUACUCUUGCCAGUCUAAUUUUGUGCCGAACAAACAACAGAGUUAUCACAGGUGUCUGAAUGGGGUAUGGGACACCCCUCCAAAAUGUCUGAAGCCUUGCAAAAUUACACCGGACAUUUACAAGGAGCACAAUUUAAAACUCAUCCAAAAUGACUACUUAAGGCACAGUGCUAGAUUUGUCCGACUUUCUUGUAACUCUGAAUGGAAUGUUGGAGGUUUUUCUAGAAAACUUUUUGCAAUAGCAUUUUGUACUGAUGGGGAAUUAAGAUUUGAAGUUACUUGUAAGGAACAAGAAUUGACUAAAUAAACCCAAGAGGAAACACUGAGAUCUUUGAUGUAUUCAGAGCAUGAAGAUGGAUACACACAAACACAUCUGUGACCUCCAUUGCUUCAGCCUACAAGCUUAUGAGACAGUGAAAUUAAGUAAUAUCAUCUUUCUGAAAUUCAUGCUUAUUUUUCAUCACUUCAAAAUAAAGCUUUAAAUUCAAACAAUUA